AUGGAGAAUGACGAUGAAUUAGGGUUUUUGGACGAUCUUGAUCGGUUUGGUGAUAUUGGUGACGGGGACGAUGAUUUUGAACUACUGUUUUUUGGUGGGGGAGCAAGAGGGAGCCGGAGGAGAAAUGAAAGAACAGAUCUUGCUGCUGAAAUCUGUGGGGGAAGUCAACAAAUUUCACAGUGGAUAAAGGACAUGAAGUCGAAAUAUGCUGAUAGUAGUAUUAGUGGAAGUCGUGGGGCGAACGUGGAUGUUAAUUUGAAGUCAGGUUUGGCUGCGGAGCCUUCGUCCUCAACAUCGUCAGUGGCAAGAGAGAAUAGUGAUCGUGAUACCCAGAAUAAACGACCCAAAGUUCAUUCUUCUUGCCUGGAUUUGGGAACUUUGGAAAAUGAGACACAUAAUCUUGCUCCUCGGCACGAGGUUGUUAAUAAUCAGAAUAGGCCCGUUUCUCUUGUUCCUGGAGAGAAUUCUAGGAGCAUUGAUAAUUCGACCAUGGAUGAUUCCGUCGUUCGGAUGGAUCUUACUGACGAUUUGUUGCAUAUGAUUCUCGGUUUCUUGGGCCAUAUCGAUCUUUGCCGAGCGGCAAGAGUUUGCAGGCAGUGGAGAACUGCGAGUACUCAUGAAGAUUUCUGGCGGUACUUGAACUUUGAGAAUCGAUACAUAUCUCCUCAGCAAUUUGAGGACAUGUGUCUGCGAUACCCAAAUGCAACUGCAGUAAAUGUUUAUGGCACUCCUGCUAUCCACCCCAUUGUGAUGAAAGCUGUCUCUUUGUUGAGGAAUCUUGAGGUUUUAACACUGGGAAAAGGUCAGUUGGGAGAGAUUUUCUUCCAAGCCCUGACGAAUUGCCAGAUGUUGAGGAGUUUGACAGUGAAUGAUGCUACUUUGGGUAAUGGCAUUCAAGAAAUUCCCAUUUAUAACGAGAGAUUGCGUGAUCUUCAAAUAGUGAAAUGUCGCGUGCUCCGCAUCUCUAUCAGGUGCCCCCAGCUUGAAACUUUGUCUCUCAAACGCAGUAGUAUGCCCCAUGCAGUUCUUAAUUGCCCCCUUCUGCGGGAGCUUGAUAUCGCUUCAUGCCACAAGCUUACAGAUGCCGCAAUCCGUUCGGCAGCAACAUCUUGUCCUCUCUUGGAAUCCUUAGAUAUGUCCAAUUGUUCGUCUGUCACUGAUGAGACACUGCGAGAAAUAGCUUCGACUUGUGGGAAUCUCCAAAUUCUUGAUGCUUCAUACUGCCCCAACAUCUCUCUGGAAUCUGUGAGAAUGCAGAUGUUGACAGUUCUUAAGCUUCACAGCUGUGAGGGUAUAACGUCAGCUUCAAUGGUUGCCAUAGCCUUUAGUGAUAUGCUUGAGGUCCUCGAGCUUGACAACUGCAGUUUGUUAACGACAGUAUCUUUAGAUCUGCCACGCCUGAAGAACAUAAGGCUUGUACACUGUCGGAAAUUCGUGGACUUGAGUUUAAGAAGCAGUGUACUGUCAUCAAUUACAGUUUCCAAUUGCCCUUCUCUCAGGCGAAUCAGCAUUACAUCAAAUGCACUUACCAAACUGGUUUUGCAAAAGCAAGAGAGCUUGACGAACUUAGCACUGCAGUGUCCUUGCUUGCAAGAAGUCGACCUUAGUGAAUGUGAAUCUUUGACAAAUUCCAUAUGUGAAGUUUUCAGUGAUGGCGGAGGCUGUCCAGUCUUGAGAUCAUUAGUACUUGAUAAUUGCGAGAGCUUGACAACAGUGAGUUUCACAAGUACGUCAUUGGUUAGCGUAUCACUUGGUGGUUGUCGUGCAAUAUAUACUCUUGAACUAAAAUGCCCCUACCUCGAGUAUGUCUCAUUAGAUGGCUGUGACCAUCUUGAGAGAGCAUCAUUUGCACCUAUUGGCCUCAAGUCCUUGAAUAUGGGCAUAUGCCCUAAACUGAAUGUGCUCCAUGUGGAAGCUCCCGCGAUGGUUUCACUCGAAUUAAAGGGUUGUGGUGUACUGUCUGAAGCAUAUAUCCAUUGCCCGCUUUUGACAUCUUUGGAUGCUUCAUUUUGCGGUGUUCUGAAGGAUCAUUGCUUGUCUGCAACAGCCUAUUCAUGUCCGCUUAUUGAGUCAUUGGUGUUAAUGUCGUGCCACUUAGUGGGUGCUAAUGGGCUCUCGUCAUUGCACUGCCUUUCGAACUUGACCUACCUGGAUCUAUCCUACACAUUCUUGGUUAACCUGCAGCCUGUUUUCGACUCAUGUUUGCGUCUGAAGGUUCUGAAAUUGCAAGCAUGCAAGUAUGUUAGUGACACAUCACUGGAGCCUCUCUACAAAGGCGGUGCCCUCCCGGCUCUCACCGAGCUCGACCUGUCCUAUGGGUCUCUAUCCCAGUCGGCAAUAGAAGAGCUGCUGGCCGGCUGCAUGCACUUAACUCACGUCAGCUUAAAUGGAUGUGCCAACUUGCAUGACCUGGACUGGAGUUUUCAUUGCCAGGGGUUAUAUGGAAACACUACCUUCGAACAGUUUGGCUCUUCUUCUAGUGGCACUCUCGUCCAACGUGAUCGCAUGCUUCAGAAUCUCAACUGUGUUGGUUGUCAAAAGAUUAAGAAAGUGAUUAUUCCUUCUACUGCGAGAUGUGUCCAUCUAUCGUCCUUGAACCUUUCUUUGUCUUUAAACCUGAAGGAAGUUGAUAUAUCGUGUUCCAAUUUGUUCUUUCUGAACUUGAGCAAUUGUACUUCGCUGGAAAUUCUGAAGCUUGAUUGUCCAAGAUUGACUAGUCUUUUCCUUCAGUCUUGUAAUAUUGAUGGGGAGGUUGUUGAAGUUGCCAUAAAGAAUUGCACUAUGCUCGAGACACUGGACGUCCGUUUUUGCCCCAAGAUACUUCCAUCGAGCAUGGGCAUGUUACGUGCAGCAUGCCCGAGUUUGAAACGAAUAUUUAGCAGCCUUGUGGCGGCAUGA